UGCAAUUGUUUGGGACUAUUUUGCUGGCUUUAGCUAAAAACAGCGUAGAAACCACCAAAUAUUAUGCCCUGAACUACUGAUCGAGGUUUCUUUGUACAUAAAGAGGAUGGCAUCCUCCCCUGUGCUUCCCCAACGCCCUCUGGAUCUACUACAGCAAAGAAGGUUACCAAAUGUUUAACAACCUACACAUGUGAACUGUUUUGUGUCAUUUAUACCUCCUUAAAUCCAAAUGAAACACUUAAGAGUGCUGGUCUGCAGACAUCAUCCAGCUCUCGGGAGGUGGACAUGCUCCAACUGUCCUACACAAACGGCAGGGGACAUCAUCAUGUGGCGUGUUUGUGUGCAAGCCUCAGUUAUAGGAACUGGACCCACAAUCACAACUCUGAGGCAGCGCUGGCAACAUGAGACAGAGUAAUCUGGAUCCAUAGGAUGUUGGUCACAGGAAAAUGAUUUGAGAACCUCAAGUGCAAAACAAGAAGUUUACUGUAGGCAAACAGACUAUCUGAACAUGGAGUGCAGGGCCGGGGUCGGUGCUGAGUGAUGAGCAGGUGUGCAGGAGACUGGCAGCAGGAGUGGAUCGCCACACCCAGAUGAACACUUCGAGGGAACAAGAGGGAAGUAGCCCUACUGCUGGACUAUAACACACUCAGAACAUGGUGAGGGGUGGUGUCCACAACUACGCUGACAGAGAACCGUGAUACAUGUGUUCCAGCAGCGUCUUCAUAUCACAGCAGACCUGUUUUUUGAUAUUUUAUUACAUCCAAACCAUUAAAAUCCCCAAACUGCUUCAACAGAAAUGUCCAUACAAGCGUAUAAAUGCCUCAAGUGUUUAAUUUGACCACGACAACAUUGAAAUGCAUAUAUAACAAAUACCAAUAACUGAACCCAGAAAUAACCACCUGCAUGUGUAACACAAAGUGCUGCACUCAUCAGAACAUGCUGGACAGAAAGGAUAGAGCAUCGAGUCUCAUGCCAGACAAGUCCAAGUCCCCUAUCUAGCUUGAGUUUUCAGUCUUACAGUAAACCUGACGUGGAUUAUUAAAGGUAAAUAAUUAAACCUGACAUACUUUAACUUGCCCUGUCAGUUAAAAAGCCUCUGUCAGUUAUGUAAGAUCAUAACGUUGGCCGCCUGCUGCUGCAGUCGACUCUGGUAUUUAUGAGCCGGAGGCGGCCACCUGGAUUUCAAGAGGCUGCUGAUGCAUGUUGGGACAUUUUCUGAGUUUCUGGAGUCUCGUGGGUCCUGAGCAGUAAUUAUCUACGAGCGUUUCUUCGGGUUUUGGCGGCUUCACAAACAAGUACAUUGUGAAGCAGUUUUUUCCUGAAGCUCAAAGAAAUAUGUUGAUUUACACUCCGCAGAGUUUUACAUGUUUACAUGUUCAUCACAUCUGGGGUCAGGAGGCCCUGCGUGCCUGCAGCGGCGGGACAGGCGUCUGCAUGUCUGCUGUCAGGACGGACACAUAAAUACCUGGUCGUCCAGAUGCUGCCUUCACUGUCGGACUGUCUGCAGGUGGAAGACAGAAGAGGAAGCUGAGAGACGCCAACAUGGUCCCACUGAGGCUGGUCUCCUUCGGCUUGCUGGCUGCAGCUUGGUAUUUCACUCGUGCUGCUGAGGGAAAGGUCAUCUACGCCUGUCUCAAUGACACCGCUGAGAUGUCAUGUGAUGUUGGCAGAAAGAUAAAGCUGCAACACAUCCUGUAUAAGGUCGGAGUGGGGACCAGGUGUGGGCAGGGAAAAGCCCAACCAGACGACGGACCCGACACCUUCUGCUCCUUCCCCUGGGCUGAGAUGGUGGUGGAGGAUCUCUGUGGUAACAGGAGAUCCUGUGAGGUCCCGGUCACUGAGCGGGUGUUUGGCGAAUAUCCCUGUAAGGAGCAGACCAGGUACCUGGAGGUGUCCUACACCUGCGCCACACCAACACCCCCACCUCCUCCUCCACCACCUCCAACCAAACCUGACUGUAAAGAAAAACCAGCCGGUGAAGCCUGACGUUUUAAAAACUGUAUUGUUCAUCACUGUGGAACAGAACAGCAUGAAGAUGUUGUCCCGUCACACCUGUUUGUUCUUCACUGUCAAACAAACUUAGAAGCUUCAGCCGGGUUCAGAGAGGAGGCCCGAGUGUUUGGAUUCAUGUAUCUGAAUGUGUAAAAGAUAUUUGGGCUUAUUUACUCAAGAAGGAUUUUAAGUCUGUGAAAUAAAAGUUUUCCUUCAACAUUCA